AUGCCAAAAUGUUACUUGAAUGGUAUUCGAGGAUACAGAACAGGAAAAUACAAAAGCAAUACGGAGCAUGACCCAUAUGUUAUGACAACAAGGUCUGGCUUGUCCAUCAAGAAAAUUCCUGGACCUCGAGGUCUGGGAGUUGCAACAAAGCAACAAACGCAGCUGCCUAGACAGAGUAAGGAAAGUGUCGUGACCAAGAAAUACCCAGUAAUCAAAUACAAAUCUCUGAGCUAUCUGUCUUUUGUAACUAGAUUUGCUUUGGCAUUGAGGGUUCCAGAAUUAGAACUCGCUGGAGUGAACCCAAAAGAAACAUUGGAGUAUUUAGGUGAUGAUGGGUAUUUUUAUCGGUCAAAUAGUGAUUCAACUUCAAGCGGAGGGGACUCAAACGAUGAAGACUACGAAUCAGAAUCGGGAGAUGAAGUGUUUGAAGGAGUGGAUGAUAACGUAUUUUACGGUUCCGAGGAUGAUGACAAUAAAAAUUCCCAAGGGGAGAAUGACUCCUUAUGUGAUAGUGUCAGCGAUAUUCGCUUGACUGACGAAAAUCAAAACUUCAGUGACAACAGUGCUGAUUUAAUUGUCGAUAGCAGUCAGAAUUUAGAAUCGAAGUUUUUGGGUGUCUCGCUUUCUACAAUUAGUGGACCUGACAUUAACAGGCUUAACGAAACUGAUAAACCCUUCGCGUUACAACUGAAAACCGAAACACAAAUUUCGUUUAAAUGCGAAGACUGUGAAAGAAGUUUUACCAUAUAUUCAGCGUACCAAGCGCAUGUUCGCUCUCACUCUAAACAAAGAAAUCGAUGUGGAGUAUGUGGAAAAAUCUUCACACGUUCCUGGCUCUUGAAAGGACAUAUGCGCACGCAUACUGGGGAAAGACCGUUUCCCUGUCCUGCUGAAGGAUGUGAUAAAGCAUUUGCUGACAAGUCAAAUCUUCGAUCGCAUAUGCUUAUUCAUAGUGUAACUACAAAGAACUUUACUUGCCAGAAAUGUGGACGUGCUUUCGCUCAAAAGCGUUAUCUCCACAAGCAUAUGCUAGAAGUGUGUCGUUUGAUAUAA